AUGGAGAGCGGCAACGGGACGCCCCUGGCCGGGGCACUCGGGGCGGCGGCCGAAUCCCCCCAGUGCCGGUUGCCGCCUGGAGGGGAGGGCGCGACGGGGCUGGCUGAGCCCGACCGAGCCGCGGAGGACGCUGCAGCUGGCAGCUGCGGCGGGAGCGGGGGCGGGCCACCGCGGGCUCUGCGGGCAAUAUACGUGCGCAGCGAGAGCUCCCAAGGCGGCGCCGUCGGCGGCCCUGAGGCCGGGGCGCUGCAGUGCCUGCUUCGGGCCUGCGAGGCUGAGGGCGCCCACCUCACCUCCGUGCCCUUCGGGGAGCUAGACUUCGGGGAGACGGCGGUGCUCGAUGCCUUCUACGAUGCAGAUGUUGCUUUUGUAGACAUGAGUGACUUCUCCAGACAGCCUUCCCUCUUCUACCAUCUUGGAGUCCGUGAAAGCUUUGACAUGGCCAAUAAUGUGAUCCUGUACCAUGAUACCGAUGCCGACACAGCACUGUCACUGAAGGAUAUGGUAACUCAAAAAAACACAGCAUCUAGUGGAAAUUAUUAUUUCAUCCCCUACAUUGUGACACCAUGCGCUGAUUAUUUUUGCUGUGAGAGUGACGCCCAGAGGCGAGCCUCGGAGUACAUGCAGCCCAACUGGGAUACCAUUCUGGGCCCGCUGUGCAUGCCCCUGGUGGACAGGUUCAUUAGCCUCCUCAAGGACAUCCAUGUGACCUCAUGUGUUUAUUACAAAGAAACCUUGUUGAAUGACAUCCGGAAAGCCAGAGAGAAAUACCAGGGUGAUGAACUGGCAAAGGAGCUGGCUCGGAUCAAACUCCGCAUGGAUAAUAUUGAAGUUCUGACAUCAGACAUCAUCAUUAAUUUACUCCUGUCCUACCGUGAUAUCCAGGACUAUGAUGCGAUGGUCAAGCUGGUAGAAACUCUGGAGAUGCUGCCUACAUGUGAUUUGGCUGAUCAGCAUAACAUUAAAUUCCACUAUGCAUUUGCAAUGAAUCGGAGAAACAGUGCAGGUGACCGUGAGAAGGCUCUUCAGGUCAUGCUCCAGGUUCUGCAGAGCUGUGACCACCCAGCUCCUGACAUGUUUUGCCUGUGUGGGAGGAUCUACAAGGAUAUCUUCUUGGAUUCAGACUGUAAAGAUGCUGCCAGCAGAGACAGUGCCAUUGAUUGGUAUCGCAAGGGGUUUGAACUGCAGUCAUCUCUUUAUUCGGGAAUUAACCUUGCAGUUUUGCUGAUUGUUGCUGGACAACAAUUUGAAACUUCCAUGGAACUAAGGAAAAUAGGUGUUCGACUGAAUAGUUUGUUGGGAAGAAAAGGGAGCUUGGAGAAAAUGAACAAUUACUGGGAUGUUGGCCAGUUCUUCACUGUCAGCAUGUUGGCCAAUGAUGUCGGGAAGGCGGUACAAGCAGCAGAGAGGCUCUUCAAGCUGAAACCUCCAGUCUGGUAUCUGCGAUCAUUAGUUCAGAACUUGUUAUUAAUUCGGCGCUUCAAGAAACCCAUUAUUGAACAUUCACCUAGGCAAGAACGGCUCACCUUCUGGUUAGAUAUAAUUUUUGAAGCAACAAAUGAAGUUAGUAAUGGACUCAGAUUUCCAGUUCUGGUGAUAGAGCCAACCAAAGUCUACCAGCCUUCUUAUGUUUCUAUCAACAGUGAAGCUGAGGAGAGAACAGUUUCUUUAUGGCAUGUAUCACCCACAGAAAUGAAACAAAUCCAUGAAUGGAAUUUUGCAGCCUCUUCAAUUAAAGGAAUAAGCCUAUCUAAGUUUGAUGAACGGUGUUGUUUUCUUUAUGUCCAUGAUAACUCUGAUGACUUUCAAAUCUACUUUUCCACUGAAGACCAGUGUAGUAGGUUUUGCUUUUUGGUGAAAGAGAUGCUAACCAAUGCAGCCGGCAGUACAGUGGAGCUGGAAGGAGAGGCUGAUGGAGACACCUUAGAGUAUGAGUAUGACUACGAUGCAAAUGGGGAGAGAGUUGUUUUGGGGAAAGGAACCUACGGGAUUGUGUAUGCUGGCCGAGACCUGAGCAAUCAAGUGCGAAUAGCCAUCAAAGAAAUCCCAGAGAAAGACAGCAGGUACUCUCAGCCCCUGCAUGAGGAGAUAGCCCUGCAUAAAUACCUCAAGCACCGCAAUAUUGUCCAGUACCUGGGCUCGGUUUCAGAGGAUGGCUACAUCAAGAUAUUUAUGGAGCAGGUGCCUGGAGGAAGCCUCUCUGCUCUUUUGCGAUCCAAAUGGGGGCCAAUGAAGGAGCCCACUAUCAAGUUUUAUACCAAACAGAUCCUGGAAGGCCUUAAGUAUCUCCAUGAAAACCAGAUAGUGCACAGAGACAUAAAGGGUGAUAAUGUUCUGGUAAACACCUACAGUGGAGUGGUGAAAAUCUCUGAUUUUGGAACCUCUAAACGCCUCGCAGGAGUGAACCCAUGCACAGAAACCUUUACUGGUACUCUGCAGUAUAUGGCACCUGAGAUUAUUGAUCAAGGACCUCGUGGGUAUGGUGCCCCAGCUGAUAUCUGGUCCCUGGGCUGCACCAUCAUUGAGAUGGCCACCAGCAAGCCUCCAUUCCAUGAGCUUGGUGAACCACAGGCAGCAAUGUUCAAAGUGGGAAUGUUUAAGAUCCACCCUGAGAUUCCAGAAGCUCUUUCAACUGAAGCCAGAACCUUCAUCUUAUUCUGUUUUGAGCCUGACCCUCAAAAACGGGCCACUGCCACUGAUCUACUCAGAGAGAGUUUCUUAAGGCAGGUGAACAAGGGCAAGAAGAACCGAAUUGCUUUCAAGCCCUCAGAAGGAACCCGCAUUGUCACCAGUGCCCUGGCCCUGCCGUCACCAGGGGAACCUCUGGGCAGUAGCAGCAGCGAGUAUGGCUCCAUCUCCCCAGACUCUGAUGCCCAGCCUGACACAUUCUUUGAGAGGACACAGGUGCCCAAGCACCAGCUCAGUCACUUUCUCAGCGUUCCAGACGAGAGCUCAGCCUCAGAAGACCGGAAUGCACUUUCUUCCCCAGAUGACAGGGACCAGGGCCUCUUUCUGCUGCGCAAGGACAGUGAGCGCCGUGCCAUCUUGUACAAAAUCCUUUGGGAAGAGCAGAACCAGGUGGUUUCUAACUUGCAGGAGUGUGUGACCCAGAGCUCAGAGGAGUUGCAUCUCUCAGUUGGUCAUAUCAAGCAAAUAAUCGGGAUCCUGAGAGACUUCAUUCGCUCCCCAGAGCACAGGGUGAUGGCAUCCACAAUAUCAAAGUUGAAGGUGGACCUGGAUUUUGACAGCUCAUCCAUCAAUCAGAUUCACCUGGUACUGUUUGGAUUUCAGGAUGCUGUAAAUAAAAUUUUGAGGAACCACUUAAUUAGGCCCCACUGGAUGUUUGCAAUGGAUAACAUCAUCCGCAGAGCAGUGCAAGCUGCGAUCACCAUUCUCAUCCCAGAGCUCCGAGCUCACUUUGAGCCUACGUCUGAGACCGAAGGGGUAGAUAAGGACACAGAUGAAGUGGAAGACGACUAUCCCUUAGCAGACCUGCCCGGAAGCGAAGCUCAGCCCCACCAGCAGCACCUGAGCCUCCAGCUGAGCAAGCUCAGGCAGGAGAGCAACAGACUCUUGGAACACCUAGUCCAAAAAGAGAGAGAGUACCAGAAUCUUCUACGGCAAACGCUAGAACAGAAAACUCAAGAAUUAUAUCACCUUCAAUUACAAUUCAAUUAUAAUGGUAUGACAAAGAACCUAACACCCCCKCCUAGGCAGGGAACAGAUAAAGAGCUUAUAGACUGGCUACAACUGCAAGGAACAGAUGCAAAUACAAUUGAAAAGAUUGUUGAAGAAAAUUAUACACUUUCUGAUAUUCUUAACAAUAUCACUAAGGAAGACUUACSAUGCCUUAGACUACGUGGUGGUGUCCUCUGUCGGCUGUGGCACGCAGUCUCCCAGUACAGAAGGCAGGCUCAGGAGUCCUCAGCGACAGAGGACUAGGCUUAAUCACACUCAG